AGGUGGGAGCGAAACUGUAGGGCCGGGGGUGUGGCCCGAGCCUGACGGACAGCCCUUCGGACCACCCCACCUAGCUGGGGGAGGAUUGUCCUGAAGGACGGCCGUCGGGGCCAAUGGGCGUGCCCUGAGUUCCCAGGCCCACCUCCCCUUCCAGCCAACGAGCAAGCACAUGGCUGGGCCUCCCCGGGCCGGGCAUCAAGCUGUCUCCUCUGCCUCCUCCUCCUCACCAGCGCUAUACCUGGGACGGGAUCCAGCCGAGUUUUGCGUGUCGCCGAAGCGGGGUGGGCCGGGGGAGGGGAGGUUCGUUCUGCGGAGCCGCAGCCAGAGCCGGGAUCCAGAAUUACCUUCAAGCCAAUGUCGUGAAGCUUUGGCAGAAAUUGAGAAGGAAAUAUCUCUAUUGUUCAUUGGCAUGGAUAAAUGUUCAAUGGGAGGAUUAGAAUUGACUGAACAGACUCCUGCUUUAUUAGGAGAUAUGGCCAUGGCAACUACUCUCAGGGACGUAGGAGAUUCAUUUGGUCAUCCAGCUCAUCCUUUAGUCAGUAGAUGUAGAAACUCAACAGGGGAAGAUGAUGAUGAUGAUGAUGAUGUUGUAUUUAUUGAAUCUAUACAACCUUCUUCAGUUUCGGCUCCAGCAAUAGUUGAUCAAAGAAACUUUAGAUUUAUGUCAUCAAAAAAUGAAAAGCCACAAGGAAAUUAUUCUGUAAUUUCUCUUUCUUCAAGAGAUUUGGCAUCUCAGAAAGGAAAUAUAAGUGAGACAAUUGUUAUUGAUGAUGAAGAGGACAUAGAACCAAAUGGAGGAGUGGAGAAAAAUUCUUCCUGUUUUAUUGAAUGGGGACUUCCUGGAACUAAAAACAAAACCAAAGAUUUGGAUUUCUCCACUUCCAGUCUUUCAAGAAAUAAGACCAAGACUGGAGUAAGACCUUUUAACCCUGGUAGAAUGAAUGUGGCAGGAGACAUAUUUCAGAAUGGAGAAUUUGCAGCUCAUCAUAGUCCUGAUUCUUGGAUCUCCCAGUCUGCUUCAUUUCCCCGUAAUCAGAAACAGCCAGGAGUGGAUUCUUUAUCACCAGUGGCCUUACUUCGUAAGCAGAAUUUCCAGCCUACAGCCCAACAGCAACUUACUAAACCAGCUAAAAUCACUUGUGCAAAUUGCAAAAAGCCUUUACAGAAGGGCCAGACAGCUUAUCAACGAAAAGGAUCAGCUCACCUCUUUUGUUCUACCACGUGCCUGUCUUACUUCUUUCAUAAACGUACUCAAAACACACAAAGUGUAAUACGUAAAAAAGAUGCAUCUACAAAGAAGGCUAAUGUUCUUCCAGUAGAAUCAAGCAAAUCCUUCCAAGAAUUUUGUAAUAUAUCUUGUUUGUCUCCCUGUGAAAACAACCGGAAUCUUAAAAAAGGAGUUUUUAAUAAGUCAAGAUGCACAAUUUGUAGUAAAUUAACAGAGAUUCUCCAUGAAGUCAGUGUAAAUAAUGUAACACAUAAACUGUGCAGUAACCAUUGCUUUAAUAAGUACAGAUUGGCCAAUGGUCUAAUAAUGAACUGCUGUGAACACUGUGGAGACUACAUGCCUAGUAAGAGUACUGGAAGCAACAUCCUGGUGAUUGGAGGUCAGCAGAAGAGAUUUUGCUGCCAAAGUUGCAUUAACGAAUAUAAACAGGCCCUGCGGCUUGACCAGAGCGGAGGGGGCUCCGGAGACGAGUGGACACUGCUGGCCAGGAUGGUGCUGGAGAGCGUGGCCCGCAUUGUGAAGGUGCAGCUCCCCGCAUAUCUGAAGCGGCUCCCAGUCCCCGAAAGUAUUACCGGGUUCGCGAGACUCACAGUUUCAGAAUGGCUUCGGUUAUUGCCUUUCCUUGGUGUACUUGCACUUCUUGGCUACCUUGCAGUUCGUCCAUUCCUCCCGAAGAAAAAACCGAAGGAUAGCUUGAUUAAUCUUAAAAUACAAAAGGAAAAUCCGAAAGUAGUGAAUGAAAUAAACAUUGAAGAUUUGUGUCUUACCAAAGCAGCUUAUUGUAGGUGUCGGCGUUCUAAACCGUUUCCUGCCUGCGAUGGUUCACAUAAUAAACACCAUGAAUUGACAGGGGAUAAUGCGGGUCCACUAAUACUGAAGAAGAAAGAAGUAUAAUAAUAAUAAAUUAGGGUUGAGUUAAUUGUAUAAAAUCUUAUAACAAUAUUUUCUCAUUCUUUGUGUAUAGAAAAUUUUUAAAUGGUGGUCUUAAUUAUUACUACUUGUUGAAAAAUUAUUUCUUCCAAUUUAUUUUCUUGCUGCGCUACUGUUUGUAUUUGAUCCUUUGACUAUUCAGUCACAUAUAGAAAUUAAAUUGUCAAGCCUCAUAUCUGACUUCAAAGAAUUAAUGUAUCUUCCAAAAAUAAAGUCACUUCUGAUUUUAAUUUAGGAAAACCUAACUCGUGGCUAUGGAUCCAAAGCUGUUUGUUUCUUGAAUAUCAAUAUUUUCAACAGGAUCUUGUAUUUAAAUUCCCUCCCCCUACACUGUUAAAUGUAUUAUUUUUUCACAUCUC